AUGCCGGCCGGCCGCGCCGCGCGCACCUGUGCGCUGCUCGCCCUUUGCCUGCUGGGCAGCGCGGCCCAGGAUUUCGGGCCGACGCGCUUCAUCUGCACCUCGGUGCCCGUGGACGCCGACAUGUGCGCCGCGUCCGUGGCCGCCGGCGGCGCCGAGGAGCUCCGGAGUAAUGUGCUGCAGCUCCGCGAGACCGUGCUGCAGCAGAAGGAGACCAUCCUGAGCCAGAAGGAGACCAUUCGCGAGCUGACCACCAAGCUGGGCCGCUGCGAGAGCCAGAGCACGCUGGACACGGGCGCCGGCGAGGCCCGGGCCGGCGGUGGCCGCAAGCAGCCCGGCUCGGGCAAGAACACCAUGGGCGACCUGUCCCGGACGCCGGCCGCGGAGACGCUCAGCCAACUCGGGCAAACUUUGCAGUCGCUCAAAACCCGCCUGGAGAACCUCGAGCAGUACAGCCGGCUCAAUUCCUCCAGCCAAACCAACAGCCUCAAGGACCUGCUGCAGAGCAAGAUCGACGACCUGGAGAGGCAGGUGCUGUCUCGGGUGAACACUCUGGAGGAGGGCAAGGGCGGCCCCAGGAACGACACGGAGGAGAGGGUCAAGAUCGAGAGCGCCCUGACCUCCCUGCACCAGCGGAUCAGCGAGCUGGAGAAAGGUCAGAAGGACAACCGCCCCGGGGACAAGUUCCAGCUCACAUUCCCGCUGCGGACCAACUACAUGUACGCCAAGGUGAAGAAGAGCCUGCCGGAGAUGUACGCCUUCACCGUGUGCAUGUGGCUCAAGUCCAGCGCGGCCCCUGGGGUGGGCACGCCCUUCUCCUACGCCGUGCCGGGCCAGGCUAACGAGCUGGUCCUCAUCGAGUGGGGCAACAAUCCCAUGGAGAUCCUCAUCAAUGACAAGGUGGCCAAGCUGCCCUUCGUGAUCAAUGACGGCCAGUGGCACCAUAUCUGCGUCACCUGGACCACCCGGGACGGGGUCUGGGAAGCCUACCAGGAUGGCACCCAGGGCGGCAAUGGCGAGAACCUAGCCCCCUACCACCCCAUCAAGCCGCAGGGGGUCCUGGUACUGGGCCAGGAGCAGGACACCUUGGGCGGCGGGUUUGACGCCACCCAAGCGUUCGUGGGCGAGCUGGCACACUUCAACAUCUGGGACCGCAAGCUGACCCCCGGGGAGGUGUACAGCCUGGCCACCUGCAGCCCCAAGGCCCUUUCUGGGAACGUCAUCGCCUGGGCCGAGUCCCACAUCGAGAUCUACGGGGGAGCCACCAAGUGGACAUUCGAAGCCUGUCGCCAGAUCAACUGAGGCUCCUGCCCAGCGGAGCCUCCUGCCCUCGGGCCGGCCCGCCCGCCUACCCCCUGCUUGUGCGGUGAUGACUCCCUCACGUCUUCUUCUCUCCCUCUCCCCAGGAGUGACUCAAGGCCCACGCACGCGCACGCACACAGCCCGGGUCGCCCUCGUGCCCGGGAGGCACCCCCAGGGUCUCAGCCCACCCUGUUCCCCAGCGGCUGCGGCACGGGGCCAGGCAGACGUAGG